UGCCAUGUGAGGGCCAGGAGUCGGUUCCUUACCCCACUAUUUCACUCAAUCUGGUGGGGGGGGGAGGGGACGAUUUCUGUGGGACCGGAUCUCCAGCUUUGCAAGAUGACACUUUGGCACGCAGGUGCCGAGGUUGCAUUGUUGUGGACCAGUGUCCGGUGCUCCAUCUGUCUGCGGGCCGGUCUGUCACGUCCAUCCAGAGCUCUAAACUUUGAUGUGACACAACCAUUGCUGGAUGCGCAGGAGCCUGCCGCUCGCACCGGCCCUGCAGGUUCCACGAUUGAUUUCAGUCCCAUAUCAGGCAUCAGGUACGGGGUUGGUGGUCAAGAUGAGAACUCGCUGAGGAUGCAGUUGAGGAUACGCGCAAUGGCCAUGGCGGAGGGCCAGUCACAGGAUGGGAUUGCGCAUGUUGCAGAGCACGUAAGGCAUGUCUCACUGCGCCAUGAGGACCGACGCAGUCUCAGUCCCACGGUGCCCCCUGUGCCAUCGGCGAACCGUGGGCCCAUUCCACUGCAUCUGUCGAACCUGGGAUGUUCCACUGCAGUGGAUUCACCAUCGGGACAUCCUCCAACCGUGCAGAGUGUCACACCACAAUGUGCAGCAGUCAACAGCGAAGGAGUGGCGCUACAUGAGACACAUACUCCGGCAACUGAUUACAUCCUCAACCGAUUGGUGCCCGCCAUCGAAGCCGGUGCUGUCGAAGGUGAAGGGUUGUCAAGCCUUGCUCGCGGAGGGGUCGGCACUCCCCCAUCCUCUAGCCAUCACCACACAUCUCUGAUUCCUGUCACACCACAGCAGCCUCGGUGUGGACAGGCAACGACUCCCCCGGCGGGCCAUACUGCCUCCCAGGCACAACGCAGUGAUGGCGGCGAAGGCGGCGGGUUGUCAACUGAGGGCACAAAGGAGCGAGGAAAAGUGUGGCAGGUGGAUGCUCCGAAAAACACGGAAAGGGGGCGGGAGGACGAGACAACGGUGCUCUGUCGGGGCCGCAAUGAAAUGAAGGAGGUUAUGGGUGAUGAUACUGAGGCAAUGGGAAGGGUGCGUGAGAAAGCAGGUUUUUGGAAGAUGGUGGCAGAUCGCAUGUGGGAGAAAGGUUUCAAUUGCGAUGAAGAGCAGUGCAAGGGGAUGUUCCAUCAAGCCUUGGGCUUCUACCGCAGGCUGAAGAUCCAUGAGAAAUGGUCUCCCAAGCUACUGGGACAUGUCACACGAAGCGCAAGAGAUACAAUGUGGAUUUUGUUUCGCGGCAGUCGUGAUAUGACGCCCUCGACCAGGUGGAGAAGGAUACCGACACAGUGACUGUGAACUUGACGCAGCUGAGGAUCCCGGCACGGAAUGGGAACAAGGUGAAGAUGGUCAGGAGAGGGUAGACUCACAUGGCG